AUGACCUACAUUCUGCUGUAUGUAGACGACGUCAUCCUCAUCACCUACACUCAGGUCCUCCGCCAAUCAAUUAUGUCACUCUUAGCAUCUGAGUUUGCAAUGAAGGAUUUGGGCCCUCUGAGUUACUUUCUGGGUAUUGCAGUAUCUCGUCAUCCUGAUGGCAUAUUUCUCAGUCAAAGCAUUUAUGCUUCAGAGAUCAUUGAACGUGUUGGCAUGGCGUCCUGUAAACCAUUAUCCACUCCCGUUGACACCAAUCAGAAACUCAACACCUCCUCUGACACUUCUUAUGAGGAUCCCUCCUUGUAUCAGAGUCUUGCAGGCCCCUUACAGUAUCUCACCUUCACCCGACCUGAUAUAUCAUAUGCUUUUCAACAAGUUUGUCUUCACAUGCAUGUCCCUCGCAUGGAACACAUGCUUGCUCUUAAGCGCAUUUUGCUAGGUGACAACCUUAUUUCUUGGUCUUCCAAAAGGCAACCAACUCUCUCCUGUUCCAGUUCUAAAGCCAAAUAUAGGGGGGUUGUCAAUGUUGUCUCCGAAUCGCGUUGGAUUCGUAAUCUUCUCCUGGAACUCCAUUUUCCUAUUCCUCAGGCCACUUUGGUGUAUUGUGACAAUGUUAGUGCCAUCUAUCUAUCUGGUAAUCCUGUGCAUCAUCAACGUACUAAGCAUAUUGAGAUGGACAUUCAUUUUGUUCGGGAAAAGGUAGCUCGUGGUCAAGCUCGCGUCCUUCAUGUUCCCUCAAGACAUCAGAUCGCAGACAUCUUCACCAAAGGACUUCCUCGCAUUCUCUUUGAUGAUUUUCGGACCAAUCUAAGCGUCCGUGAACCUCCCGCUUUGACUGUGGGGAUCAGUGAGAAGGACACGAUUUUCAUUAUCUUACAAAUUGCACUGCGGCGAUCCGGCCCGACGACAACAUAUAGUGCAGUGGCAAGGAAACAUGACGGUGGUGGAUGA